AUGGAUUUUGGAGCCCUGGAGACGGUGGUGGCCAACUCCGCCUUCAUCGCUGCCCGGGGCAGCUUUGACGGCAGCGUCGCUCCAUCUUCACGCGACAAGAAGUACCUGGCCAAGCUGCGGCUGCCCCCACUGUCCAAGUGCCAGGCCCUGCGAGACAGCCUCAGCCUGGACUUUGACAACCUGUGCCAGCAGCAGCCCAUUGGCAAGCGACUCUUCCAGCAGUUCCUGGGCACAGAGAGCAGGCACCUGCCAGCGCUGGGGCUGUGGCAAGAUAUUGAGGACUACGACACAGCCGAUGAUGACGUGCGGCCACACAAGGCCCAGGCCAUCCUGGCCCAGUACCUCGAGCCCCAGGCCACACUCUUCUGCAGCUUCCUGGAGGAGGGGGCAGUGGCGCGGGUGAGGGAGGGGCCCCUGGCCAGCCAGGAUGGGGUCUUCCAGCCACUGCUGCAGGCCACGUUGGUCCACCUGGGCCAGGGACCCUUUCAGGAGUACCUGGCCAGCCUGCACUUCCUGCGGUUCCUGCAGUGGAAGUGGCUGGAGGCCCAGCCCAUCGGGGAGGACUGGUUCCUGGACUUCCGGGUCCUGGGCAAAGGCGGCUUCGGGGAGGUGUCAGCCUGCCAGAUGAAGGCCACUGGCAAGAUGUACGCCUGCAAGAAGCUCAACAAGAAGCGGCUCAAGAAGAGGAAGGGCUACCAGGGAGCCAUGGUGGAGAAGAAGAUCCUCGCCAAAGUGCACAGCAGGUUCAUUGUGUCCCUGGCCUACGCGUUUGAAACAAAGACGGACCUCUGCCUGGUGAUGACCAUCAUGAAUGGUGGUGAUGUGCGGUACCACAUCUACAACGUGGAUGAGGAGAACCCCGGCUUCCCUGAGGCGCGUGCCAUCUUCUACACGGCACAGAUCAUCAGCGGCCUGGAGCACCUGCACCAGCAUCGUAUUGUCUACCGUGACCUCAAGCCUGAGAACGUGCUGUUGGACAAUGACGGCAACAUCCGCAUUUCUGACCUUGGGCUGGCUGUGGAGCUGGAGGAGGGACAGACCAAAACCAAGGGAUAUGCAGGAACCCCAGGGUUCAUGGCCCCCGAGCUGCUGCGCGGUGAAGAGUAUGACUUCUCCGUGGACUACUUCGCCCUGGGGGUGACCUUAUACGAGAUGAUCGCGGCCAGGGGACCCUUCCGGGCCCGGGGAGAGAAGGUGGAGAACAAGGAGCUGAGGCAGCGCGUGCUGUCCGAGGCCGUCUCGUACCCCGACAAGUUUAGCCCGGACAGCAAGGCCUUCUGCGAGGCGCUGCUGGAGAAGGACCCUGAGAGGCGCCUGGGGUUCCGAGAGGGCAGCUGCGACCUGCUGCGGGCCCAGCCGCUCUUCAAGGACAUCAACUGGCGGCAGCUCGAGGCCGGGAUGCUGACUCCGCCCUUUAUCCCGGACUCCCGGACUGUCUACGCCAAGAACAUCCAGGAUGUGGGGGCCUUCUCCACAGUCCGGGGUGUAGCCUUGGACCAGGCAGACACCGACUUCUUCCGAGAAUUUGCCAGUGGCACCUGCCCUGUGCCCUGGCAGGAGGAGAUGAUCGAGACGGGCAUCUUUGGGGACCUGAACGUGUGGCGUGAGGAUGGCGAGAUGCCCGACGACAUGAAGGGCCUUGCAGCGGAGGACCCAGCACCUGCCUCAAAGUCGGGGAUGUGCCUGCUCUCCUAG